AUGAUAAUCGCAACAGAAGCCGUUCUUCGUUAUCGUCUUCAAGCCAGCGAUUCCCAUCCACUCACACGAACAUCGAGGCCUCUCCAGAAUCCCCUACCUAGCGCCACAAACCCGGUAACGUCAACGGCACCAGGAGCUCUCCGCAACCCAAAGACUCAAUACCCACCGUUGUCAGCACCAGGUUCAAACUAUGGGCUCACACACACGGAAUGCCGCACCGAAUUUCCUGGUCUUUUUGACGAACUGGAUCGUUCGGUUGCGGUACGAAGAGACUUGGGAAACGUCAGCACUGCGGAUAUUGAUUUGUCUUGGAAGGCAUCUGGGGCAGUGCGGGUUAUGAUAUACAACCACAAGCUCUACAUUAUUGACUCAAAAUUUGACGGAAAAGGCUACCAACGACCCCGCCUUCUCGCUACUUUGCACCAAAUCAACCGUGCCCUAACUUCCUCACCCUUUCCCCUUCCGCCGAUAGAAUUCUCCUUCCACGUAAACGACAUAGCCGACGAAUCUCACUCACACCAUACUCUUUGGGCCUUUUCACGACAUGUCUCUCUUGACAAGGAGAUGUGGGUGAUGCCAGACUUUGGCUACUGGUCAUGGCCGCUCGAUCUGGUUGGUGAAUAUCAGCAGAUACGCAGUGAUAUGCAGAGCAGCGAGGUAGAAUGGGAGAAGAAAGUACCAAAGGUACUCUGGCGAGGAGCUGUCAAGACAAACAAGGAAGUAAGAGGUGCGUUAAUGAGAGUUACAAGAGGGAAGUCAUGGGCAGAUGUAGAUCAAGUGAUCUGGAAGAGUAGGACGGAUGUGACAGCGGGAAGUGCUGCGUUGCCGAUUGUGGACCACUGCAACUACCAGUUCCUUGUGCACACUGAAGGACGCAGCUACUCGGGCAGAGGGAAAUACCUUCUCAACUGCGCGUCGAUCAUGAUAACACAUAAAGCUGAAUGGAUUGAGCCUCAUUCGCACCUCUAUAUUCCCACCGGACCGAACCAAAACGUUGUAGAAGUAGAGCGCGAUUUCUCCGACCUCGAAGCAAAAGUACAAGAGCUCUUGCAGAAUCCAGAGCGUGCGAAAACUAUUGUAAAGAAUAGUCUAGCAACGUUUCGGGAUAGAUAUCUCACACCUACUGCAGAAGCAUGUUAUUGGAGGGAGCUCUUCUUAUCGUGGGCAGAUGUAAGUUUCCAGCCAGAUCCUUGGGAAAUUGAUGAAGAUGGGAUUGAGAAGAUAAGGGGAGUGCCCUUUGAGACAUUUGUGUAA